CUCAGUAGUCAAUACUCGCAAAGGAGCACACAGUCACCGAAAAAUGGCUUUCCCUUCAACUAUCUUCUCACUCUCUCUUCUCCUUGUCCUGUGCACACUCCCCAAAGCUACGCACGCUGGGCUCAUAUUAACACUUGUCAACAACUGCCCAUACACCAUUUGGCCCGCCAUUCAACCGAACGCCGGCCACCCCGUUCUCGAACGCGGUGGUUUUGCCCUCCACACCUUAACCCACCGCUCCUUCCCGGCCCCCACCACCCACUGGUCAGGCCGCGUCUGGGCCCGUACCGGGUGUACCUAUGCUAAAGGUCACUUCUCCUGCGCCACCGGAGACUGCGGUGGCCGUCUGGAAUGUGAGGGACUUGGCGGAGCCGCCCCCGCUACUCUAGCACAGUUCACUCUCCACCACGGCCAUGCUGACUUCUCCUCGUAUGGAGUCAGUCUGGUCGACGGGUUCAACAUUCCCAUGACGGUCACCCCCCACGAAGGGAAAGGCCAGUGCCCGGUGGUCGGGUGCAGGGUUGAUUUGCUCGCCACCUGCCCACAUGGGUUGAAGUACUAUGCUCCGGAUGGGCAUGUCAUGGGUUGCAAAAGUGGUUGCACCGCCUUCGGCACGGAUGAGCUGUGCUGCCGGAACCACUACAACAGCCCACAGACGUGUCAUGCUUCGAGCUAUUCUGCGUUCUUUAAGCACGCGUGUCCUGCGACAGUUACGUACGCACAUGAUAAUCCUUCGCUGAUGCAUGAAUGCUCUUCGCCGCGCGAGCUCAAAGUCAUUUUCUGUCACUAAUGGCCAAAAACUGGAGUUGGGCAUGGAAAAAAAAGCAGAUAUUUUAGCUUAUUUUAAGUUGUGAUUGCUGCUAUUGUGUUAGACUCGAGUAGUGUUUGUCUGUCUGUAUUUUGAUAUCUGUGGUUUUUUUUUUUUUUUUUUUUUUUUUGUGGGUAAGCAACUAUUGCUAAAAAUAAAUUAUGAGGUUAAAAUUAUGCUAUGACUAAACCCACUAGACCAGCUGUAUCGAUUUUGGUUUUUUAUUCUUCAAAAAUGAAGGUUUGGCUUUGCAAGAUUA